AUUACAUCUAGUCCCCUAACCCAGGGAUUGAGGACAAAAUUUAAACCAAUCCCAACUCCAAGCCCUCCGAUCGAAACACCAACUUACCAAACCCUAAUCCUGCAAAUAAUUUCUCCAUGUUCCGAAUUUUAUAAACCUUGAGGAGAGAAAAAGGAGCCAAAAUCUUUGAAUUAUCGAAAGAAAAAUGAAUUUCGACGAGUACGAGUAUUUGGAAAAGACAGUUGAGGAGCAGGAAGAUCCGAAGAAGAAAGAUGGAGUGUCGGGAGAUAAGAGUGAAAUAAGCUAUAGGAAGAGAGGAGAGAGAAAAGAAGAUGAUGAUGAAAUCAAGAGCAGCAGAAAGAAAUUGAGAGGCAGCCGCGAUGAGGACGACGAGGAGAGGCGAGACCGUGAUAAGGAACGCCAUAGAAGUAGCCGCGAUAGGGAAAGGGAGAAGGAUAGGGACCUAGAGAGUAGUAGAGAGAGGGAAAAGGAAAGGGGGAGAGAUAGGAGAGAUAGGGAUAAAGAGAAAGAGAAGGAUAGGGAGAGGAGGGAAGGGGAAAGGAGAGAGAGAAGCAGUAGCAAGUCGAGAAGGCACGAAAGGGAGGAAGAAAGGGAGAGGGAAAGGAGAGAGAGAAGCAGUAGCAAGUCGAGAAGGCACGAAAGGGAGGAAGAACGGGAGAUGGAGAGGAGAGAGAGAAGCAGUAGCAGGUCAAGAAGACACGAGAGUGAUCGCGAACGAGACAGGGUACGUGAAAUUGGCACCAGAGACAGCAGGAGAUUUAAAGAUAAGAAAGAAGUAGUGGAGCCUGAAGCUGAUCCUGAGAGAGACCAGAGAACUGUUUUUGCUUACCAGAUGCCUCUAAAAGCAACUGAGAGAGAUGUCUAUGAAUUCUUCUCAAAAGCGGGCAAGGUGAGGGACGUUCGAUUGAUUAUGGAUAGAAACUCAAGACGAUCAAAGGGAGUUGGGUAUAUUGAGUUUUAUGAUGUGAUGUCUGUGCCCAUGGCCAUAGCAUUAUCUGGUCAGCUGCUUCUUGGUCAACCUGUGAUGGUUAAACCUUCAGAGGCUGAAAAGAAUCUUGUUCAGUCAAAUGCUUCAGGUGCAGGUGCUGGUAGUGUUGCUGGGCCAUAUGGAGCUGUUGAUAGAAAAUUGUAUGUUGGAAACUUGCACUUCAAUAUGACAGAAAUGCAGCUUAGACAGAUAUUUGAACCUUUUGGUCCUGUGGAGCUUGUACAACUACCACUUGACCUUGAAACUGGGCAGUGCAAAGGUUUUGGGUUUGUUCAGUUUGCUCAACUUGAGCAUGCAAAAGCAGCUCAAGAUGCUUUGAAUGGCAAACUGGAAAUCGCUGGUCGAACCAUUAAGGUUUCAUCUGUUACUGAUCAUGUUGGUACCCAAGACCCUGCAGCAAAAUCUGCUGACUUUGAUGAUGAUGAGGGUGGUGGUUUGGCUUUGAAUGCUCAAUCAAGAGCAUUGCUUAUGCAGAAACUGGAUCGCUCUGGUAUUGCAACAAGUAUUACGAGCUCCCUUGGAGUACCCCUCCUUAAUGGGUCAGCUCCUAAUCCACAGGCUGUUAUGCUACCUGUCAAUGGCCAAGCUGCAUAUCCAUCCCCAGUUCUUCCUCCAAUCAUGUGUGCUACACCCCUUGAUCCUAUUGGACAGCCCAGUGAGUGUUUGUUGUUGAAGAAUAUGUUUGAUCCUGCAACUGAGACUGAACCUGAUUUUGAUAUGGAAAUUAAAGACGAUGUAGAAGAAGAAUGCAGCAAAUAUGGCAGGGUGAAGCAUAUAUAUGUGGACAAAAACAGCGCUGGUCAUGUCUAUCUUCGAUUUGAUUCCGUAGAAGCAGCAGGAAAAGCUCAACGUGCAAUGCACAUGAGAUGGUUUGCGGGUCGCUCAAUAUCAGCCUUAUUCAUGCCACCCCAUGAGUAUGAAGCGAGGUUUAAAGGAUGAAGUCGGAGAAUUCGAGGAUGAUUUCUCAAUGUGGAUGGAUGGUGGGUUAUUUUGUCAACUCUGUUUCUAUAUCCAUACACAACUGGCCUAAAUGUAAGAUUAUAAUGAUUUGUUUACGCACAUCUGCACUAUGAACCUGAUUUGCCCUGUUGUUUGGUCAAAUUUGAAGUAUUAUUAGCAAUCUCGGUUGGAUUUCUGCUGUUGAAUUCAGAAAUGUCUUUACAAACGAGGCCAGCAUCCCUAUUCGAGCUGAUUUUUCUAAUUAAGAUAGUUAUUGAAUUGUUAAUAUGGAUGUGGCCGCUGGAUAAUGUUCAACUUCCUUGUGUUUAGCGUCAAUCGUUUAAAACA